GUACAGCUCAAAAUGGCUGUAGACAAACAGUUAUGAAGAUCUGCUGUUCUACAAGAAAUGAAUAUGUCGCAAUUGACAAAUUAACGAAGAAGCCUCCAAAACAACUGGGGAUACAGGGGCCCGUGGAGAGGUUCAGGGAGAGGAGCAGACCUCUGGCACCGACCCUGGAAGAGAGGAGGGACCACCUCAUAGAGAGAAGGGGCCACAACAGAAGGAAGACGGAACAAUGCCAUUGGACCUCUGCCUUGGGACAGAGCCAUGACCAGUCUGGAGCCAGACAGAAGACUGGACUCCACACUCUGACUGAAACCUUCAAGCACAAAACGGAGACAGGUCUAGGUCUAGACCUCCAUGCCAGGCCAGAUGAUGAAGAGCCUCCAGUUCAGAAGCAUCGCCCCCAAGGCCCCAGCAGCGGUGGUUCCCUCCCCAGCCGCCAUCCUGUCCUGCCAGCACCCCUCUGCCCUCCCGGAGGCAGCCUCCACAGCCGUCAGCCCCAAGUCUAUCCUGGUCCCGGCCCAGAACUAUGCCCUGAUGCAGGUGGCAGGGCAGGAGGGUACCUUCUCUCUGGUGGCCCUGCCGCCCUCCGUAUCCCCUCAGUCGCCGCAGCAACAACAGCAGCAGCAACAGCCAAUCCAGAAGAACCUGAAGCUGCCCAUCCCCAGGUACCAGCCAAUGAGGACCAAGAACACCCCGGAGAGGGUCAAAUCAGCCACGCCCACCGCCGGUGGCAGCGCCAGGGGGGUGAGGACACCCACCAAGGUUGCAUUGACAACCCGGGACCAUCGGUCAAUAGCAGCCAUAAAGAAGAAGUUGUCAUUGGCUGAGCCCAAGGAGGAGCCAUCAGAACAGGUCAUACUGAUCGACGACUCAGCCUCCUCUGAGCUCUCCGCCCUCACAGCCCUGCUCCCAGACAACGCCAUGCUCUACACUGGCUCUCCGCUGGAGCGAAUAGCAGUGGUGGACACCACCCCCGACCACCGGUCCACUCCUGCCCACGCUCCCGGCCCUGUCACCAGCAUGCUGCAGAACCUCCACUACCCAUCUGGUGGCAUUACUAAAAGUUCCCCGGUCGAAACAUCACAGGAUGAGAGCAGCGGUAAGGUUGCUAUCAGGCCGUGCCAACCCAAGCCUGUAGCCCAACAGCCCCAUCCACAGCCAGCUAGUAGCAGCAUCACUGUCCUCUCUCCAGCCAUCUUCAGCAAAGCUGUCCAGAUCAUCCCCUCCCCACCCAAGGGCAAGCUGCCCAUCCUGCCCUACUCCAUGAUGAAAAGCACCCUCAUACCCACCUCCAAACUCAACCUCAAUGCCAUGUCCCCCAAGAAGGCUUUCCCUAGCCAGCCCGACCUCUCCCCUUAUCCCUCUGAUCCCCAGUCCAAGACCCCGGAGACUGCUGAGGCCCUAUGUCAGAACCACAUGCCAAACUCCCUGCUGCAGAGCCAGCCUCAGGCCAAGACCACAGGCGCCCUGUCACUACUGGGAAUGCUACAGAUCCAGAAACCAUCAGGCAAGAAGAGGGGGAGGAAGAGGAAGACAAUGGAGGACAUUCUGGCCUUUGAGGCGAGGAAGAAGAGGUCCUUGUCAUUCUUUCGGAGGAGGGUGCCAGAGAAGCCUUCUGUCUCAGCCGUCAUCUCCUCCCCGCUGUCUAAACAGCAGAGGGAGGUGGACAUCUCUAAGAAGUACCGCAGCAUCAGACCCAAGCCUCACCACAUGCUGCUGAUGGAGACUGUACCCCAGCUGGUCAGCCUGCCCUCCCUCACCUCCUCUGACAGGCUGGAUUCAGAGCUCCUCGUGGGGCAUCAGCUCUCUGCCGAGGUCCUGGAGCCUGGUCCUCCCCAGCCCCAGCCAGCCUCUACCCCGCUAUACCUGAAAGGGGGCCCUUCUCAUAGGGUCUACCUGGGCAGUAGCCAGCCCCUCCACCGCUGCCCUACCUGCAGCCGCUGCUUCCAGUUCAAACACCACCUCCAGAGCCAUAUGAACAGCCACACCAACAGCAGGCCUUACCUGUGUCCUGUGUGUCGUAAGGCCUAUGCUCACUCUGGCUCCCUCAGCACCCACAUGAAGCUGCAUCACUCUGACGGGAGACCGCGGCGGACGCUUCGCUGUGACUUCUGUGAGAAGGCGUUUGGCUACGUGGGUGUGUACUUCGGCCAUUUGAGGGAGGUGCAUAAGGUCAUCCUGACCGUGGAGCCGUCCGUCAGCCAGCAUGAAGACGACGUGCCUGUGGAGGGGGCCAUGUCUUCAGACCUGGGGGACGAGCAGGGUCAGGAGGAGCGCGAGGACCCAGUGGAGCUCCAGAUCAAGUGUAGCCGUUGUCAGGCCAUCACCCCCACCUUCGCCGACAUGAAGCUACACCUGCUCUAUGUGCAUGGGGAGGAGGUCCAGGUGCGCCUGCGGGAUGGGGCUGGGGGGGUGGGAAGGUCACUGCGGGGGGGCCGGGAGGCAGAGGAUGAGCUGGUGAAACACGCCGCCCACUACUGGCGCCAGCUCAAUGAGAAGAGGAACCUAGUCCGGUGUGGGAGCUGUGAUGAAGAGUUCUUCUCCUUCUCCAAGCUGAAGCGUCAUAUCCUCUCCCACCACCAGGGGGGACCGGAGGAUGAUGGAGAGGGGGAGCCAACCGGCCCCUCAGCCCGGGGAGGGAGAGGGGUCCUGAGGCAGGGAUUGGUGUUUAACUGUUUGCUGUGCAGCCAGGUCCUGGACAGUAAAGAGGAGGUGAUGGAGCACUGGAGAGGCCACCACCACUGUGAGGAGACCCAGGUACUCUGGGAGGCCCUCGGCUCCUACUCGGGGGAAAGGGAGAUGGACUCGCCCGACCACAGCACAUGUUAACAUGGCACUGGACACGUUCUAGGUCGUCUCUGUUGCAGUCACGCUGCACAUCUCAGAAUAUUGACUUUACUUAUUCCUUCUAGCCUCUAAGGAAGCAAAUUGCCAGAACAGUGCAUUUUAAAAGAUUGAUAUAUCAUAUCAACGUGGUUUCUGAGAUGUCAAAAAAACACUUCUCCAGGCAUUGUGAGAUCUUAUAAUCGGGGCGGGCUGACUACAAUAGAUAUAACCUCGAACGUACCCACUAUUUGUGUCUGUCUGAGCCGAUCAUGCGCUGUGUGCUGCUCUCAAACACACCCAGUUAGUCCCUAUGCACACUAUCCAGCCGACCCCAACCAUGCAGUACAUUUCCAGCUACUAUGGUGGCUAGGUAACCACUAACCAGGCAAGUUCAGCUCACCUCAGUAUGGUGAAAGGGUAUUAGUCCAUACAGAGGUCAGUUAUCGCAGAGUUUAGUUUGUUAGAGAAUCCACUUGAUACAUUACAAAUUAUUAUUUUGGUUUUUUGUGGACUGCACUGUGUUUUGUGUUGAUUUUGUGUUGAUUUUUUUCUGUUUUAAUAGGAUUGGGUUGUUUUGUAUUGAAUAUGUACAGUAUAUACAGUACCAGUAAAAUGUUUAGACACACCUACUCAUUCAAGGGUUUUUCUUUAUUUGGACU